UGAUUAGAACCUGUAGAAAGUUUAAAAUCAUAUAUUAUAAUUUAUAAUGGAUGGAUUCGACAAUCCUGGAGUAUAUUUCAGCGAUAAUUUUCCUGAAGCUAAUGAAAACAUUAGUUCAGUAGGUUUAGUAGCAGUUAAAAAAAAGUUCAAAGAGUUCAUUCGACAGUACCAUACAGAAAACUUCAACUAUAAAUACAGAGAUACUUUGAGACGAAACUACAACUUGGGUCAGUUUUGCCUAGAUAUAAAUGUGGAAGAUGUGGGAAGUUUUGAUGAAAACUUGGCUGACAAAUUAUAUAAACAACCUGCUGAGCAUUUACCUAUAUUUGAAGAAGCGGCUAAAGAAGUUGCUGAUGAACUCACAACACCAAGACCUGAAGGUGAAGAUCAAGUGGAAGAUAUUCAGAUUACCUUAUCUUCUGAUGCACUUCCCUCUGAUUUAAGGUCUUUGAAGUCUGAUGUUGUCUCCCGACUUGUGAAAAUUCCCGGAAUUAUAGUCAGUGCAACUGGUAUCAAAGCAAAGGCUACUAAAAUAUCUAUACAGUGCCGUUCAUGCAGUAACAUAAUACCUAAUUUGCCUUUGAAACCUGGAUUGGAAGGUUAUAUCAUGCCUAGAAGGUGCAACACUGAACAAGCUGGGAGGCCAAAAUGUCCUCAAGAUCCAUUCUUCAUUAUGCCUGAUAAAUGUCAUUGUGUAGAUUUCCAAGUACUGAAAUUACAAGAACUCCCAGAUGGUAUACCCCAAGGUGAAAUUCCUAGACACAUCACCCUCUAUUGUGAUAGAUAUUUAUGUGAGAGAGUUGUUCCUGGUAAUAGAGUGUUUGUCUUGGGUAUAUAUUCAAUUAAAAAAGUGAAAUCUACAUCAAGGAGGGAAGGGCGUGAAAAAGCUAUAACAGGUGUUAGAGCAGCCUAUCUGAGAGUGGUUGGCAUACAACUAGACUCUGAAGGCUUAGGAGCCUCUGGAUGCUCAAUUGUAUCAUCUGAAGAAGAAAACACAUUUAGGCGUUUAGCUGCCUCCCCACAUCUAUAUGAAAAUAUAGCUGCUAGCAUUGCUCCUUCUAUAUAUGGUGCUUCUGACAUCAAGAAAGCCAUAGCUUGUCUCCUUUUUGGUGGUUCUCGUAAAAGAUUACCAGAUGGGCUAACCCGUAGGGGGGAUAUUAAUGUUCUGUUAUUGGGUGAUCCUGGUACUGCUAAGUCUCAGUUAUUGAAGUUUGUGGAAAGGGUGGCUCCAAUAGCUGUUUAUACCUCUGGAAAGGGUAGUUCUGCUGCUGGUUUGACUGCCUCUGUAAUGAGAGAUCCUGCUACUCGAAAUUUUGUCAUGGAGGGAGGCGCGAUGGUAUUAGCCGAUGGUGGAGUGGUUUGCAUUGAUGAAUUUGACAAGAUGAGAGAGGAUGACCGUGUUGCCAUUCACGAGGCUAUGGAACAGCAAACUAUUUCCAUCGCUAAGGCUGGUAUUACUACCACUUUGAACUCUAGAUGUUCAGUUCUUGCUGCUGCUAACAGUAUAUUUGGCAGGUGGGAUGAAACCAAGGGGGAAGAAAACAUUGACUUCUUACCUACCAUAUUGUCAAGAUUUGAUAUGAUUUUCAUUGUCAAAGAUGAGCAUGAUAAACAAAGAGAUAUAACUCUGGCUAAACAUAUAAUGGGUGUUCAUAUGAAUGCUGGUCAAGUCACUCAAGAAAUCAAAGAAGGGGAACUUCCUUUGGAGUUUCUCAAAAAAUAUAUCAACUACUGUCGAACUCGUUGUGGACCAAGAAUGAAUGAAGAGGCAGCCGAGAAGCUGAAGAGACGUUACGUUAUGAUGAGAUCGGGGGCCAAUCAGCACGACAGGGAAGCCGACAAGAAAAGUUCCAUUCCUAUUACGGUGCGACAGUUGGAGGCUGUGAUCCGGAUUUCGGAAAGUCUGGCCAAGAUGCAGCUGCAGCCUUUCACCACCGAGGCGCACGUUGACGAGGCCUUGCGGUUGUUCCAAGUGUCGACGCUUGAUGCUGCGAUGAGUGGCAGUCUUGCCGGGGCUGAAGGUUUCACAACAGAAGAAGAGCAUGAAAUGUUGGCACGAAUUGAAAAACAGCUCAAACGUAGGUUCGCCAUUGGCACACAGGUCUCCCAACAGAAUAUCGUCCAAGACUUCACUCAUCAACAAUAUCCUGAAAGAGCGAUAUUGAAAGUUAUUCUAACCAUGAUUAGAAGAGGCCAGCUGCAACAUCGGAUGCAGAGAAAAAUGCUUUAUCGUAUCAGUUAAACGUAAAGGUUUCAGGCUACAUUUGUUCAAGGUUUCAUUCUACAUUUCAUUGAAAUGCACCUAUGCAUAGUUAUAGAAAUUUGAAAACUGUUUUUGUACUCAAUUAUUUUUCAAAUUAAACACUUUUGGAAAUA